UGCCACCUGCCCCUUCCCUGCAGCCGGGGCUCGGUGGGCAGAAGUGCCCCAGGGCCGCCGAGACGGCAGUUUCCAUGGGGAUAGGGAUGGCACUCGAUGGUUAGAGCUCAGACAAGGGGAGGAUGCCAUGGGGCGGGAGCACCCAGGACCCCCGAUCCCUCCCAAGGGCAGGGCUGGGCCUUCGUGAAGGUGGCAUGGCUGGCCAGCCCCGUCAGAGCCGACCUCUCAGGACAGGGCCACUUGCCCACGCUGCCUAGCAAAACAGCAGUGGCCAAGGCUCCCCACAAGAGCAGGGGCAGGAAAGGGGACCCCGAGAGGCGGUUUCUAGGGCGUUGUGAGUGAGGGGAACGAUGGCCCUGUCUGUGCCCCAGCGCCUCACAGCACGUGUAAUCUUACCCAGUCCCUGGGAGAUUACAGGUGUCAUCCCCCUCCGUGGUAACAGGCUUAGGGCUGCCCUUGGCCCAGGUCACUGGGGCUUAGGGCAUCUGGGGAGAGGCUCAGGGGACAGAGCCGGCACCGUGCCCGUGGUGCCAGGACAGCCUCAGCAAGAGGGCGUGCACUUGGCCCUUCCGGGAGCCUCUGCGGGCAGGGAGACCUACGGCUCCUGGGCCGCUAGUCACAGCACGGCACAGGUCUGGCACGAGGGACAGACAGCUAACACCCGUCCACAGCCAGCGUGCAGGCCAGUGCCUGGCAAGAGCGGAUAGAUCUGGCCUGGGGGCACAGCCACAGCUGGGUGGGCCGGGGCAAGGCCUCCCCUGGGGACCUGGAGGGUGGGCAGCCCUAAGAACAGCAAGGCUGGGCCGGGUGGGACUUUGCACAGCAAGUGGUUGGGUUCAGAUGCCAAUCACCCCUCUGUCCAGGGGGGGAUACAGGGGAGGGGGAUGUAGGCACCAAGGGGUCCUCAGUGGGAGGCCAGGAGAAGGGUUUGGUGUGGGCAGCAGUGGGGGCACAGGGCCAGGUGGGAGCGGGGUCCUCCACGGGGGAGCCGGGCCGGGCAGAGGAAAGAGGGACCCGGCAGGGCAAGCUACUCUCCUCUUGGCCCCUCUGCUCCGGCGGGCUGAGGUCCAGGGCUGUGGCGGAAGCAGGGGCUGACUGGGCCCCACUGCUCUGCCCACAGCCGCAUGAGGAGUCCAGCCUGGGACAAGGGCAUCCAGACACGAAGAGUCCUGCAGUGUCUCUGCCGGCCUCACCAUGAGCCUGGAGCCACCCAAGGCAGAGAUCCGCUCGGCCACCAGGGUGAUCGGAGGGCCUGUCACCCCCAGGAAGGGGCCCCCCAAAUUUAAGCAGCGGCAAACCAGGCAGUUCAAGAGCAAGCCCCCCAAAAAGGGCGUCCAGGGGUUUGGGGACGACAUCCCCGGCAUGGAAGGCCUGGGGACAGACAUCACCGUCAUCUGCCCCUGGGAGGCCUUCAACCACCUGGAGCUGCACGAGCUGGCCCAGUACGGCAUCAUCUAGCGCCAGCCCCCGCCCCGGCCUGGGCCGCCCCUCUGCCUGCUUCCAACCCCUCCCGGACUCCUGUAGACCCCUCUGCCUGCUUCCAACCCCUCCCGCAUUCCUGUAGACCCCUCUGCCUGCUUCCAACCCCUCCCGGAUUCCUGUAGAGGAGCCCCCGCCCAGCCCAGAUGGCACGUGGAUGUGGGGUGGGGGGCGGUGACCUCAGGCCUCCAGACCCUCCCCCGCCCCGCCUACCUUGGGAGACACCGGCCCACCCCUCGGGACUGCAGGGGGCGGUAGAGGAGCAGCCAGGUGGAGAGCAGGGCAGGGCCCUGUCUAGUGUCUGGUGUCUCCCCCUCUGCAACCCCUCCCAGCUGGGCACCCUAGGGUGGGACGUGGUGGCUGGGGGGUCCUGGGGGCAUUGGGGACCGGUCGAGGCCCUCCCACACCACCCACUGUUGCUGACCCUGUCCCAGAAAUAAAAUCUGUCCUGCUUA